ACUGUCAUUCGAAUUUUGUUGAACGGAUCGGAUAAAACUAAUUUUUGAGUAAACUCUGCUACUAGAGAAAAUACCAAAUUAGUGAUAACCGAUAAGUGUUAUAUGUAGAUAAAAUAUUUUAUUUAAUUUUGCAUACUUUAUAAGCAUCUAAAUCAAACAUGAAUGGAGAACAGGCUCAUAAGCGAAAAAUUACCGAUGAGAACGGAUCCGAUGCAUUAGAGCCAACAGUGAAAACGGCAAAAGUUCAUAUUCAGUGUCCUUACCUUGACACAAUUAAUAGGCAUGUGCUAGACUUUGAUUUUGAAAAACUAUGUUCCAUUUCCCUUACAAGAAUAAAUGUGUAUGCGUGCUUAGUAUGUGGGAAGUACUUUCAGGGAAGAGGUACCAACACACAUGCAUACACUCAUUCAGUGGCAGAAGGACACCAUGUGUUCUUAAAUCUACACACACUUAAAUUUUACUGUUUGCCAGACAACUAUGAGGUUAUAGAUUCAUCUUUGAAUGAUAUUAAAUACGUCCUGAAUCCAAUAUUUACACCAGAACAAAUAAAGCAAUUGGAUUUUAACACCAAAAUGUCUCGUGCUAUUGAUGGUACAAUGUACAUGCCUGGAAUUGUUGGUCUUAAUAAUAUUAAAGCUAAUGAUUAUUGCAAUGUUAUUUUACAGUGUUUAGCACAAGUGAGACCGUUACGAAAUUAUUUUUUACGUGAAGAAAACUAUGCUGAGGUGAAACGGCCGCCGGGUGAUUCGUCUUUCUUAUUGGUCCAGCGUUUUGGCGAGUUGAUCAGAAAAUUGUGGAAUCCGCGAGCAUUUAAAGCCCACGUGUCUCCACAUGAAAUGUUACAAGCUGUAGUGUUAUGGUCCAAGAAAAAAUUUCAGUUCAUAAAACAAAGUGAUCCUAUAGAUUUUAUGUCGUGGUUUUUGAAUUCAUUGCACAUGGCAUUAAACGGAACCAAGAAACCAAAUAGUUCAAUUAUAUAUAAAUCAUUCUUGGGGCAUAUGAGGAUUUAUACCAGAAAGCUACCACCACCAGAUGCUGAUGAUGCAGCGAAAGUGGAUCUUAGCAGUGAAGAAUAUAGUGAAAUGAUUACUGAAUCACCAUUUCUCUACUUAACAUGUGACUUGCCACCAACACCAUUGUUCACAGAUGAAUUUAGGGAGAAUAUUAUUCCACAGGUCAAUCUAUAUCAAUUACUCUCAAAAUUCAAUGGUCAAUCUUCAAAGGAGUACAAGACAUACAAAGAGAAUUUCCUAAAGAGGUUCGAGAUAACCCAAUUGCCACCAUACCUUAUAUUGUAUAUCAAGCGAUUCACAAAAAAUACUUUCUUUGUAGAGAAAAAUCCUACUGUUGUUAACUUUCCUGUGAAAAAUGUUGAUUUUGGUGAUAUAUUAACGCCUGAAGUUAAAGCCAAAUACAAUGGUAAAACAACCUAUGAGCUUGUGGGUAAUAUAGUUCAUGAUGGAACACCGGAGAAGGGAACAUACAGAGCGCAUGUGUUGCAUAAACCUACACAACAAUGGUAUGAAAUGCAAGACCUGCAUGUGACCAGUAUUUUGCCACAAAUGAUCACCCUCACUGAGGCAUACAUACAAAUAUAUGAAUUAAAAAAUGAUUAGAAUAUAAGAAUAAAA